AUGGCAAACAAGGUCCCUGACAACGACGCCAGUAUGGAUAAUACAGUCAAAGAGGGAGCAAACGAGAAAAUCUCGAGUGACUCCUCCGGCCAGCCACAACGAAAACUCUCGACCACUGGUGAUAUUUCUGUUGAAAAUACCUAUGUAUACAGCGAGCUUUCGUUCUGGACUCGCAUGGGUUGCACGCCUGAAUCGUUUAGGCCUCGCACUCUCGCCGAUAAGCAUAAUCAGCUUAAUCAGACCUUGCGAUCUCGACAUAUGCACAUGAUUGCUAUCGGCGGUUCGAUCGGUGCAGGUCUUUUCGUUGGAUCUGGUGGAGCAUUGGCUACAGGUGGCCCUGCGUCAUUGCUGAUUGAUUUCAUGAUCAUCGGUGUCAUGAUCUUCAACGUCGUCUAUGCCCUUGGAGAGCUUGCCAUCAUGUAUCCUAUUUCUGGAGGAUUUUACACAUACUCCACCAGGUUCAUUGACCCUUCCUGGGGCUUUGCGAUGGGUUGGAACUACUGUCUCCAGUGGGCAGUCAUUCUUCCCUUUGAGAUCGUGGUAGCUUCGGAAUGUAUACGAUAUUGGGACAAUACCACCAGUCAAGCCGUUUGGUACACUAUGUUUUUACUUGUCAUCAUUAUCAUCAAUGUAUUUGGAGUCCUUGGAUAUGGCGAGGAAGAGUUUUGGAGUAGUAUGUUGAAGCUUGCUACAAUCAUUAUCUUUAUGAUUGUUGCUCUCGUCCUGGUUUGUGGAGGAGGCCCGAGUGAUGGUCAGUUCGGACAAUACUGGGGUGCCAGGAAUUGGUACGAUCCGGGCGCGUUCCGCAAUGGUUUCAAGGGCUUUUGUUCUGUCUUCGUCACCGCUGCCUUCUCCUUUGCCGGAACUGAACUGGUCGGUCUCGCAGCCGCAGAAUCGAGGACACCCCUUAAAUCCCUCCCGUCUGCCGUCAAACAAGUCUUCUGGCGGAUUACACUCUUCUAUAUUCUAGCAUUGACGUUCAUUGGCCUCUUGGUACGAUCUGAUGAUGCUCGCUUAUUUGGUGCUGGCAACUUCAUCGAUACGACAGCGUCACCAUUCGUGAUUGCUGCUGCAGACGCCGCCUUGACCGGAUUCGACUCUUACUUGAAUGUAGUCAUCCUGGUCUCUGUGGUAUCAAUUGGUAACUCAGGCGUAUUUGGUGGAAGCCGAACACUGACUGCGCUGGCUGAGCAAGGCUAUGCUCCGCGAAUCUUCGCCUACGUCGAUCGAGCUGGACGUCCAUUAAUUUCUACCAUCCUGAUCAUCGCUAUGGGUGGGCUAGCAUAUAUUGGCGUCGCUGAUCAGGGCGUAGAGAUCUUCGAUUGGCUGUUAGCUUUGUCUGGAUUGGCAGCUCUUUUUACCUGGGGAUCCAUCUGCCUAGCUCAUAUUCGAUUCCGCAAUGCGUGGAAAUAUAACGGCCGAACGCUAGACGAAAUUCCGUUCAAAGCAAUUGGUGGGGUUUAUGGUUCUUACUUGGGACUUGGAAUUAUCGUGCUUGUGCUUAUUGCACAAUUCUAUGUGGCCAUAUUCCCAGCAGGAAAUGAGGGAGAGAUGAACGACGCUGCUGGCUUCUUCAAAUCAUACUUAGCAUUCUUUGUGGUCGCCUUCUUCUGGGCAAUUGGUUAUGCAUGGAAAAGGACUGGGUGGCUGAAGCUGAGUCAGAUCGAUGUUGAGAGUGGCCGUCGUGAGAUUGACUGGGAGGCUCAUCGUGCGGUGGCAGAAAAAAGGAGAAACGCGAGGCCUUUCAAGAAAGUGAUAUAUUUUAUGUUUUAG